AGAAAGAGGCACUCUCGUGCUCCGGGCUCAGAGGAGGAGGAAGUAGAAUUGCUGAGCUAAUGCAAGGGCGAGGCUGGGAGUUGGGAGGCUUCUGCUGCUACCAUCGCUGCAGCUAUGGAGGAAUUUCAUCCCCGUAACGAUGAGGUGAUCUUUAACACUGAAGAAGCCUACAAUAUUAUUAAAGAUUGCAUAGAAAGUGUUCUAGGCAAAGCAGAUUAUAACCCUGACAGUGUGAAUAAAUGGAUUGCCGCUAUAAUAGAACGGUCUCUAGCAAAUCUGGUAAAACUGGGAAAAACAUAUAAGUAUAUUGUGACCUGUGCUGUGAUGCAGAAGUGUGGGGCUGGUCUGCAUACUGCAAGCUCAUGUUUUUGGGAUACUACAACUGAUGGUACUUGCACAGUCAGAUGGGAAAACAGAACGAUGAAUUGUGUGGUCAGUGUCUUUGCUGUGGCCAUAAUCUUGUAGCAAAGAUUAAAGAUUGUAAUCUGGAUAAAAAAAGUUAUUCCAAAGCCUUUUAAAUUAGAAACUAUCAAAUAUCAGAAUGUACUGUAAGAAUUAUUAAGUAGAUAUUAAUUCUGAGAAAAAGAAGUAGGAAAUGUGAUUUUUAAAAAUGUUUCUGCAAAAAUGUUUAUAUUAUUCUGAAGCCUUUUUUUCUGUCAGUUGGGAGAUUGCUGUAUUUAAAAGACAAAAAUAUGCUACAAUUGUUUUAUGUUUCUGUCCUACAAAAAGGAAAUAAUACAAUUAAUCAAAAACAAAAAAUGCUGUAUUAUCACCAAUACUUCGCAAAUAGGAAAUUAGGACAAAUACUCAGAGAAUAAAUUAUUUAUAAUAUAUAA